UGUUCAUUGAGCUCAAAUUUAGUUACAUAGAUGAUGAGUUUCACUUGCUAGUUGGUAGUAUGAAUGGAGAGAGACCCCCACCUUUGUCAGUUUCCGGGGAGGACCGGGGGGACCUCGUAUGUAUGUAUUCGUGUUUCGUUGUUUUGUUUAUCUAUUAUUAUUAUCAGCAUUUGCUAUAGCUAUGGGAUCAAUGGUCAUUAUUCACCCAAGAUUUAUCGUUGUUAUCUUUUUAUAUGUGCAUCCUCUUUUGCUCAUCCUCCGCCAUAAUCAUCCUUUGUCUAGAGGAUUAGAUUAGUUUAAGUUAGCGUGUGAAAAUAUGGCAGCAACAGUGCUCGGGGGUGAACAAGCUAACGUCGUGGUUUCAGUCUUCAUGACGGUUUUGAUUGCGUCACUCCUCUUUGAUUCAGUAAUUGCCUUGCAUUCAACGUCAAGUGAGAGUCAAACAGUAGCAUCGAGAUUACAUCUAUCUGCUAGGAAAUUACAGUUCCAGGGAGAUCAUGAUAAAUCCAAAGACCAAAAGCCAAAGGCUAUGUUAAUAGGAUCGACGGCACCAACAUGUACCUAUAAUGAAUGCAAAGGAUGCAAAUACAGGUGCCGGGCUGAACAGAUUCCUGUUGAUGGCAAUGACCCUUUGAACAGUGCAUAUCGUUACAAAUGUAUUUGCCAUAGGUGAUUAUUGUGCCAGGAGUCAUGAGAUAUGGACCAUAUCCUAUAGCUAUAUAGACGUGUAUUAUUUCGUAUGUAUUACGUGGGGCCCACUCCUACUUUUAUUGCAGCCAGUUUGUGUGCAAGGAGUAGGAUGGAGCCCCAGACGUGGUAAGUGUUUACCAUUUGUAAGCUUCGUUUUUACUCUCCUACUAGUCUUCUUAGGUUCAAGUUCAUGUAUGUGUUAGUAGAAAAAUAGGGAUGAGCCUUUUUAGAGAAUAUAAAAUUUUGGCGACUCUUAUUAGGCUAUCUAUUUGACUUCAUUAUAGCUUGUUAAACUUCGACAUUAGAAUUUUAUUACUUUUUUAUUUGUUUA